AUGAUAGAGCAACUAUCAAGAAACAAUGUUCUUCCUCCACCUGAUGAGGGAACUGAUUCACUCAUUGCCAAGCUAAGAGGAUAUUUAUACGAAAAGAAGUGUGUCAUUGUGUUUGAUGAUGUAUGGCAAAUUGGCUUUUGGGGAUCCAUAAGACAUGCUUUACCCCAAAAUAGCAAAGGCAGUAGGGUAAUUAUUACUACAUGCAAUGAACAGGCCGCUGCUUUUUGCAAAGGAUCUUCAAUAGGGCUUCAAUCCCCAUCUAAAGAGAAGGCUUGGUAA